CUUUUCUGCGACACUCAAGGCCACCAGUGAUGGACAAAACCUAAAGAUAUGGAGAAUUCUAAAUACUCACAAUCAUGUUUUAAGCAAGACAGUAUAUAAGCAUCUUCCUCAUAUUCGCAAGUUGGAUAACGAUACUAAGAAAAAAGUAACAGAGAUUCUGAAGAUGAAGCCGAACAAGAAGAUCCUCCAAGAUCAUUUGGUCAAUGAAAUGGGAAAAGUUGUUUUGCUGAAGGACCUCCACAACUUGGCAUCUCAUAUGGGAACAAAACUGAUGGUGAUUUUGACAGCCUCUUAGAGGAAAUGAGGAAAGACACAAGUGCUACAAUUCAUGUUGUUACCGACUCGGAUAAUUUCCUGAGAGGUAUCUUUUAUCAGUCCGUGCAGAUGAAGAAAAUGUUCGCAGCGUUUCCUGAACUUAUUCUAGUUGAUGCAACAUACAGGUUGAACAAUGUGAGGAUGCCUCUAUAUGUGAUGCUUAUUGUUGAUGGGAAUGGCCAAGCAGAGAUAGUUGCACUGUGGAUUGUUGCUGAUGAAGAUGCUCAAACACUACGCCAGAUGAUCCGUACAUUUAAAAGCCAAAAUGACAACUCAAAUAAGAUUAAAUGCAUAAUGGCUGAUAAAGACAUGACAGAACGACAAGUCAUGAUCAAUGAACUGCCAGACGCGCAUCUUCUGAUUUGUUUGUUCCAUACCAUGAGAUCCUUCCGUAGAGAAAUAUCAACUGAAAAGAUGGGAAUAACGCAAGAUCAGAGGAUAGCAGUUCUUGAAAUUGUGCAAAAACUUGUGUACUCUAAAGAUGAAGAGGACUAUCAGCGUCAUUAUAUGUCUCUCCUCCGAUGUGAACUAGCUGUUGUGAUAGAGUAUUACAAUAAGAAUUGGCACGAGCUACGCGGUCAGUGGGUUGAAGGUCUCAAAAAUGAUCACUGUCAUUUUAUGAACAGAACUAACAACAGGCUGGAAGCGAUAAAUCAAAAGCUUAAAAGUGUCAUUACGAAGUCGUCCAGCAUAGUUAUAUUUUGGCAGGACCUGAUGAAAUGUGUCAACUCCUUACAAAUCGAGAGAAAACAUAGAGCGAUUCAACUUCAGACGAAAGUACCCGUGUUCAAGUAUGCGAAUGGAAGCUAUCAACAACGCUACCAAAACCAUCUAACACCAUUUGCAUUUGGACACAUGUCAAAACAGUUUGAGUUAUCAGAGAGACUUACUAUCAUUGAAAAUGAACAGGGGUCGUAUGAUGCAACAUCUGCAACAUCAAAAACUGUCUGUUAUGAGAAUACAUGCCAGUGUUCAUUUUUCAAGGCAAUGUGUUUACCAUGCCGACACAUAAUGGCAUGUAGAAAGUUUCUUCAUGUGGACUGGUUGUGUGUGUGUGUUCGGGUGUUUGUUCCAGAGUUAUGUGCCACUCGCUGGACAAAGGAAUUUUACUUCGCACAAUACAUGUUCUCAGAAACUGCUGUCAAUAUGCAUUUUAAGACCUGUCACACUAGCAAACUUUAG